CAAAAUUUCCCAAUGAUACCGCCAUUUUGUUUUUCACCUCGAACUGGGUGUUUCUAGCAUGCGUUGUUUUAUCAAGGUAUCUGCUUAGCCUUGUCGUGUAAUUGGAACAGAAAAGAAAGACUUGGUGAAGUAUGUCAUCUGAAUUUCUUACAAUUGCUCCAAGUGAAGUAAGUGUGGACCAAGUAGGAGCCUCUGAUAUAGCACAACAACCGAAUGUUCCACAGGGAAGUCAAGAGAUCAUCAUAGAUGGAACCCCCCUCCAGAUUCCUGCGGGUAACUACCGGACAGAGUACCUUGAGGAUGGCACAGUGCAGGUCAUUGUUUACCAGGAGCCGGGCCAGCAGACACUUGAUAAUAAUGUGACACAGACCUCUCACCCCAAUCCUGUCAUGUUUCCAAUGGAGACGAUAGAGGUGAAAGGUCGACGUAGCCACGAUAUUGGAAUACAAAAUACAACAGUACCACACUUCAAUACCUAUAGCUUUGUUGAGCAGGGCACUCAGACUAUUCCCGCCCUGGACAUCAAUAUACAGCAAGAAAUAAAUCAACCUGAGCUAGAGGAUGAAGAUGAGGAAGAGGUUUUGACUCUGAAUCCUGUGAAGAAGAAGCGAGGAAGGCCCCCUAAAGCCCAGGUGAUCCAUAACCUUACUGUAUCAAAUGAUGGCAACAAAUUCUCUAGAGGCUCUAAAACUGUUUCCUUUCAUAAGUGCACCAUCUGUGGAAAAUGUUACAAAAACAAAGCGAACUGGAGUGCCCAUCUCAAGUUACAUGACAAGGAGGAGGUGUUUAUGUGUGGAUUUUGUGGACAAAUAUUUCAAAAAUCUGCAUUUCCACAGCAUUUAAAAACCCAUAAAAAAGAGAAUUCCAACAAUGAAAUUACUGUCCCCUCCAAUAUUGAGGCCUCAAGUUCAUUAGAGAAUGUGUCCAGCCAUUCAUUACAUAACGAGGCCAGACAGUUUAGUCCCACAAAGCAGACAGGAGUUAUGAAACCUGCCUCCACCAUUCCUGCCAAAGUGGACUUUAGGACAGGAAGCACUGAUCAGCAGAAAGAGGUCGUCCUCAGAAGUCAUCAGGUGACCCUCCCAAACCAGCAGGUUGCCACGGUGAUAGAUCUGGGAAGUUUGGGAAAUCUUCUGACCUCAGGAAACAAUAAUGCAAGUCAGACUGACAUGACAGGCAAAGAUGGAGAUCAAGAUAAUUCGCUUACUGGAAUGGAUGGAGAGAGCGAUGAUUCUAAAACCAAAUAUAUCUAUAAGUGUAAUGUUUGCGGCAAGGAGUACAAUAACAAGAGUAAUUGUCAUCGUCACCUGAAGACUCACACCCACGAAAAGACUUAUAAAUGCCCUGCUGAUGGAUGUGACAAGAUUUACAUGCAUAGAUAUGAGCUCCGCAUGCACAUGAGAAUUCAUACAGGAGAAAAACCAUUCAAGUGUCCUGUUUGUACCAGAGGGUUCAACGAAGGAGGAAAUCUGAGGCGCCACAUGAAGAUCCAUGCAGGGGAUGACACUCCAUACAAGUGUGGUGUCUGCUUCAAAGGUUUCAGUGAGAUGUUCCGCCUCCAAGUCCAUUUAAAGGUUCAUAGUGGGAAUAUUGUAUGCGAUACUUGUGGAAAGAAGUUUGGAAAAAUCUCUGAUUUGUACAGGCACAUUCGUAUCCACACUGGAGAUAAACCCUAUAAGUGCGAUAUCUGUGGAAAAGCUUUCUGCCAGAAAGUCAAUUUACAGACCCACUACAAGACACACACUGGGAAAAACCCAUUCAGGUGCACCCUGUGUAAUUUUGGCUUCAGCAAGAAAAGUAUAUAUGAUAAUCACAUGAGUGGCCACGAGCCAGAGGAGAUUGAAGAGCACGAGAUGAAUCUUAAAAUGCUGGGAGAAUCGGAGUCCGAGGAGACCAUCACCAUCAAGCAGGAACCCCGCACACCAGCCCCACCCCCUCAGGAAGAAGAAGAGGAGCCAGAGGAAGAACCCCAGCAAAUGGAGGUGGUCACAAUUGAUGGCAAAACUGGGCUGAUAGAAGUCACCCUGGAGAACCAGGAGUCAGAGACUGGUCUUAGUCAAGAGGAGCUGGCUCAGCUGGUGGCAGCAACCGUUGAGGAGCCUGAGGGCACCUGAUCAGGAAUACUGAGGGCACUUCAUUGGGAAACAGAGGGCACCUGUCAAGGAAACCAAGGGCAACAGUGGAAAUCCAGGAACUUAAUUUGGUGUUUAUUUUUGUUUGAUAAAAAAUUAAUAAAUGUUAAGGUGUUUAACUCUAUUAGAGUUGAUCAACUUUUAAAAGGAUAAGAAAGGGGAAGCAUAAGUGUUAUGUGUAUCUGGAUUCAUUUUUGAUUGACAUGAAUAAUAGGAGGACUAGAUUAAGCACAUUUUGCAUGUUUUGAUUUGUUAACUUAUUUUGAGUGAAUCUUUGAUAACUUUUCUAGAAUUAUAUGUUGAGUAGACAUUUACAUCUGUUGAAUGUGAUACAUUAAUAUUUAUUCAUUUGUUUGCUGCAGUCUAUCCUACAUCUGUACUACAAUAUAUAUCAUUAUUCCUUGUUACAUGUAUUCAUCAGUUUGCUAUCAAUACUCUGUAUAACUCAAGCUAUCAGGUACAUGAAUAUCGUUACAUUGACAUUUUGUUUGAAUGUGCAUAUUCCUACAUAAAAAUUUAGAAGUUAAGAAUACACAAAAUAAAGAAAGUACAUAUACUUUAAAACCUGCAGGCUUCAUUUAUUAUGCUACACUUUAUUUCAGUAAAUAUAUCUCAGGACCUUUUGCAUAACUUUAAGU